GGCAGGAAGAGGCUAUACCCCCGCUCUGCUGCAGCCGGAAUGUGUCCAAGGGUGACUCCCACAGGCCUCUGGGCUGGCCCAGGCUUUGUGCUCCUGCUGCUGCUACCGUGCUGCUCCGCGUACAAACUGGUGUGCUACUACACCAGCUGGUCCCAGUACCGGGAUGGUGACGCGAGCUGCUUCCCAGACGCCAUCGACCCCUUUCUCUGCACCCACGUCAUCUACAGCUUCGCCAACAUAAGCGACAAUGAGAUCGACACCUGGGAGUGGAACGACGUGACGCUCUAUGCCAUGCUGAACUCACUCAAGAAAAGGAACUCCAACCUGAAGACCCUCCUGUCUGUUGGAGGAUGGACCUUCGGCUCAGAGAGAUUUUCCAGGAUCGCCUCCAACACCCAGAACCGCAGGACCUUCAUCAAGUCGGUGCCGGUGUUCCUGCGGACACACGGCUUCGACGGGCUGGACCUGGCCUGGCUCUACCCCACGCGGAGAGACCGGAACCGCUUCACCACCCUGGUCAAGGAAAUGAAGGCCGAGUUUGCACAGGAAGCGAUGCUUUCCGGAGACGAACAGCUCCUGCUCAGUGCAGCCAUGUCCGCGGGGAGAAUCAACCUUGACCAUGGCUACGACAUACCCCAGCUGUCCCAACACCUGGAUUUCAUCAACCUCAUAACCUACGACUUCCAUGGAGCCUGGAUGGGGACUACGGGGCAUCACAGCCGCCUGUACAGAAGCAACGUGGACGCGAAUCUGGACCGAUUCAACAACAUCGACUACGCCGUGGGGAACAUGCUGCGGCUGAGGGCCCCUGCCAACAAGCUGCUGAUGGGCAUCCCCACCUUCGGGAAGACCUUCACCCUGGCCUCCUCCGAGUCGGGGGUGGGCGCGCCCAUCUCGGGGCCGGGGAUUGCAGGCCCCUACACCAAGGAGAAGGGCAUCCUCGCCUACUAUGAGAUCUGUGGCUUCCUGAAAGGAGCCACCGUCCACAGAGUCUUCGGCCAGAAGGACCCCUACACCACCAAGGGCAACCAAUGGGUGGGGUACGAUGACCAGGAAAGCAUCAAGGCCAAGGUGCAGUACCUGAAGAACAGGCAGCUGGCAGGCGCCAUGGUGUGGACGCUGGACUUGGAUGACUUCCGGGGCUCUUUCUGUGGCAAGAACCAGCGCUUCCCUCUCAUAGGCACCAUCAAGGACGAGUUGAUGGCCUCUUAGAUUCCCCAGGGGGCCCCUUCUGCUGCCCCUCCCCCUGCACACACUAGGGCCAGUUACCCCACUCCCCAUGACUGCAGCUGGCUAAGAGCCUGGCUCCAUCCUGUUGAGACCCGAGCUGAGCCUCAGUUUCCCUCCACGGAGCCUGUGCCAGCCUGUGCCGAAGCCCACAGCUCUGAGAUUUGAGCUCAUUCGAAAAACCAAGAGGCAGAGCUGGACGAGCAGGGCAGAGACAGACACAGGAUUAGGACAGCGCGCCCAUGAAUGCCAAGGCUCACUGAGCCCCAGGCCCCGCACAGGGGGUUUCUUCAACUCCCUUAUCCGCUGCCCCCUGCCUAAAAGAUAGGGUGUGUAGCUGUAACUCUGCCUCCAGGAGCCAGACUGCUCACAGGAAGCCAUGCCUACUAAUUAUACUCUAUGCAAAGCCUUACUUAAAACCUUCCCCCAGCAACAUAAUCGUGGCGACCGCUCCACUUCCCCUCCCUAAACCCACAGCUGCUCAAUAAAGUGCGAACACUUAAAACCAGA